CGAGGGUUCCAGGCCAUCAUGGCGGCCGCGCUGCUGCUACUGCGGGCUCUCCGCCAGGGCCCGGGUCCUGGUGGUUCCGGGCGGCUGUGGGGUCCAGGCUGGGGCCGGAGCCCAGGUCUCUCCGCCAGGCCCGGGAGGAGGCGGCCACACUUGGCCCACGAGCUUCCGGGGGGUCUCUCCGGGGCUGGAGGCCGAGCUCUGCAGGGCUUGCAGUGGCGACCUCUAGCCCCUGCCUUUGGAGGAAUCUGUGGAUUGCUGUUGAAACAACAUCUAGUUCACAAUCCAGUCAGACUCUGGCAGCUUUUAGGCAAUACUUACUAUUUUAGCACCUCGAGGACGAAGCAGAAGAAUAAGGAGAAAGAUAAGUCAAAGGGAAAGAGCCCUAGUGACGAUGAAGAGGAGAGGAGGCGCCGGGAGCGGGAGGACCAGAUGUACCGCGAGCGGCUUCGCACCCUGUUCGUCAUUGCGGUCGUCAUGAGCCUGCUGAACUCGCUCAGCACCAGCGGGGGAAACAUCUCCUGGAACGACUUCAUCAAUGAGAUGCUGGCCAAGGGCGAAGUGCAGCGUGUCCAAGUGGUGCCUGAGAGUGACGUGGUGGAGGUCUACCUGCACCCUGGAGCCGUGGUGUUUGGGCGGCCUCGGCUGGCCUUGAUGUACCGAAUGCAGGUCGCGAAUAUUGACAGAUUUGAGGAGAAGCUCCGAGCAGCUGAAGAUGAGCUGAACAUCGAGGGCAAGGACCGGAUCCCAGUCUCCUACAAGCGUACAGGUUUCUUUGGAAAUGCCCUCUACGCCCUGGGGAUGACAGCCGUGGGCCUGGCCAUCCUUUGGUAUAUUUUCCGUCUGGCUGGAAUGACAGGCAGGGAAGGCGGCUUCAGUGCUUUUAAUCAGCUUAAAAUGGCUCGUUUCACAAUUGUGGAUGGGAAGAUGGGAAAAGGGGUUAGCUUCAAAGACGUGGCAGGAAUGCACGAAGCCAAGCUGGAAGUGCGAGAGUUUGUGGACUAUCUAAAGAGCCCGGAUCGCUUUCUUCAGCUUGGUGCCAAGGUCCCCAAGGGCGCGCUGCUGCUCGGGCCCCCUGGCUGUGGGAAGACGCUGUUGGCCAAGGCAGUAGCCACAGAGGCCCAAGUGCCCUUCUUGGCGAUGGCGGGCCCGGAGUUUGUGGAGGUCAUUGGAGGCCUGGGCGCUGCCCGUGUGCGGAGCCUCUUCAAGGAAGCCCGUGUCCGGGCGCCCUGCAUUGUGUACAUCGACGAGAUAGACGCAGUGGGCAAGAAGCGCUCCAGUGCCGUUUCUGGCUUCUCCAACACGGAGGAGGAGCAGACGCUCAACCAGCUCCUGGUAGAGAUGGACGGAAUGGGCACCACAGACCACGUUAUUGUCCUGGCGUCCACGAAUCGAGCUGACAUCCUGGACAAUGCUCUGAUGAGGCCAGGCCGACUGGACCGGCAUGUCUUCAUUGACCUUCCCACACUGCAGGAGAGGCGGGAGAUUUUCGAGCAGCACCUGAAGAGCCUGAAGCUGACCCAGGCCAGCACUUUCUACUCCCAGCGUCUGGCGGAGCUGACACCUGGCUUCAGUGGAGCUGACAUUGCCAACAUCUGUAAUGAGGCCGCACUGCAUGCUGCACGUGAGGGACACACGUCUGUACACACCUUCAACUUCGAGUACGCAGUGGAGCGUGUCAUUGCCGGAACUGCCAAAAAGAGCAAGAUUCUGUCCAAGGAGGAGCAGAAGGUGGUCGCAUUUCACGAGUCGGGCCAUGCCCUAGUAGGCUGGCUGCUGGAGCACACUGAGGCCGUCAUGAAGGUCUCCAUCGCACCUCGGACCAACGCCGCCCUGGGCUUUGCCCAGAUGCUCCCCAGAGACCAGCACCUCUUCACCAAGGAGCAACUGUUUGAGCGGAUGUGCAUGGCUCUGGGGGGACGCGCCUCGGAGGCCCUCUCCUUUAAUAAGGUCACUUCCGGGGCGCAGGACGACCUGCGGAAGGUCACCCAUAUUGCCUACUCCAUGGUGAAGCAGUUCGGGAUGGCUCCUGGCAUCGGGCCCAUCUCCUUCCCUGAGACACAGGAGGGCCUGGUGGGCAUCGGGCGGCGCCCCUUCAGCCAGGGCCUCCAGCAGAUGAUGGAUCACGAGGCUAAAUUGCUGGUGGCCAAGGCCUACAGACACACAGAGAAGGUGCUGCAGGACAACCUCGACAAGCUACAGAUGCUGGCGAACGCCCUUCUGGAAAAGGAAGUGAUAAACUACGAGGACAUUGAGGCCCUCAUUGGCCCACCGCCCCAUGGACCUAAGAAGAUGAUUGCACCGCAGAGGUGGCUGGAUGCCCAGAGGGAGAAGCAGGACUCUGGGGAGGAGGAGGCCACUCAGCUUUGAGGGGAGGAGCUGCCUUGGCCCAAGUAGCCAGGAUUCACUGGCUGCACGUGCAGGUGGUCUGGACGUGCACUCAUUACUCAGUGGCCCCUGAGCUUCUGGCUGCAGCUCGACCUCCUGUCAGCAGGCCCCGUGCAGGGGCUCUGAGAGCUGUGUCCUGAGUUCCCUCUACAUGAUGAGUAAAUGUCCUUGCAGAAAUGCCUGUUGGAUCUUUGCAUGUGUCUGUUGUUUUCCCCUAUGGGGAAGGUCAUCAGUGCUUGUGGUGGGUGUGUGUGAACACGGCCCAGAGUUACAGACACUGUUUCCAGUGGGGCCGACCUAUCAGAGGCAGCUCAGUGGGAGACUGAACAGAGCCUUGUUCAUGCCAGCUUGUGCAGACCCAGCCCCGUUCCUGUGGCUCCCUCAGAAUGCUAAGAUCCCAGAUGAAAGGACCCUCUGAGCUACUGUCCUGUCUUCAGGGGCUCUGUCAUGGUGCUCACUCAUCAGUGGGGCCAGUUGGGACCAGGCUCUAGAGGAUUCAACACUGCCACCUACUGUUGUGUGGAUCAGUGCGAGUUGAGACGCUCCUUGCUGGGCUAGUCCUGCAGCACUGGGACACCCUCAUUUUUACUGCCCUAAGAAGUGUUGUGAUACCUUGCUAAUAAAUUCUGUGGAUGGAAAA